AUGGCUGUCAAGAGUGGUAUUGCUACUGGUUUGAACAAGGGUAAGAAGGUCACCUCAAUGACCCCAGCCCCAAAGAUCUCCUACAGAAAGGGUGCUUCUUCUAACAGAACCAAGUUCGUUAGAUCUCUAGUCAGAGAAGUUGCCGGCUUGGCCCCAUACGAAAGAAGAUUGAUCGAUUUGAUCAGAAACGCUGGUGAAAAGAGAGCCAGAAAGGUCGCCAAGAAGAGAUUGGGUACCUUCGGUAGAGCCAAGGCUAAGGUUGAAGAAAUGAACAACAUCAUUGCUGCUUCCCGUCGUCAUUAA